CCCCCCCCCCAAUCACAAAAAAAACUUUCUCUUCCGUGCCGUUCAAAGUGGGUGAUUUUUCACGAACACAUGUUGAUUGUUGAUUUGUUGUCGAUCGGCGUAGGAGGACCUGCCACAGGGACGAACGCCCGCUGCCCUAGCCAAUCAUGGACAAUCAGGCAUCUCCCGUUGCCGCCGAAAGCUCGUCAAGCGUUCCAGACAAGGAUACCACCGGUCUGACCCAUGAGUGCGGCGUUUUUGGUUGCAUCGCCACAGGCGAAUGGCCAACGCAAAUUGACGUCGCCCAAGUAGUUACACUAGGCCUAGUUGCCCUCCAGCACAGAGGUCAAGAGAGUGCUGGAAUUGUGACAACUAUGGGUGACGAGACGGGCAAGUUCUUUGUGCACAAAGGCAUGGGCAUGAUCAACACUGUCUUCAACGACGACGUCAUGAAAAAAUUAAAAGGAAAUCUUGGCAUUGGACACACGCGGUACUCAACAAGCGCCGCCUCAGAAGAGGUCAACUGUCAGCCGUUUGUGGUUCACACAGCACAUGGGCCUCUAGCCGUGGCUCACAACGGCGAGCUUGUCAAUUGCUCGGCACUCAGACGAUGGGUUUUGGCACGAGGUGUUGGUUUGUCAACCAAGUCCGACAGUGAGCUCAUCACCCAGUCUCUGUGUCUGAAUCCUCCUGAUGGAGAAUUGGACGGCGCCGACUGGCCUGCCCGAAUUAAACACCUCAUGCAGCUGGCGCCUCUUUCCUACUCAUUGGUCAUUAUGUUUGGAGACAAAAUUUACGGAGUCCGAGACCCCUAUGGAAAUCGCCCUCUGUGCCUUGGAAAAAUCAUGCCAGUGAACUCAAAUACUUCUUCAGGAAUGACCAAUGGUCUCAACUCUACGGAAGGCGAAGGCUGGGUCGUUAGUUCCGAGUCAUGCGGAUUUUUGUCCAUUGGGGCUCGCUAUGAAAGGGAGGUGAAGCCAGGCGAAAUUGUCGAACUGACCCGAGAUGGCGUGAGAACAGUCUGCAUUGUUGAACGACCCGACAACAAGCCGCAAGCUUUCUGCAUUUUUGAAUACGUGUACUUCGCUAGGUCCGACAGUAUUUUUGAAGGCCAAAUGGUUUAUUCCGUCAGAAUGCAGUGCGGCCGAGUAUUGGCCAGGGAGACCUACAUCGAAGCUGAUUUGGUCAGCUCAGUGCCAGAAUCUGGCACAGCAGCAGCUCACGGUUUUUCUCAGGAGUCUGGCAUUCCAUUUGGUGAGGUUCUCUGCAAGAACCGAUACGUUGGCAGAACUUUCAUCCAGCCGAGCACACGACUGAGGCAGCUUGGAGUGGCAAAAAAGUUUGGAGCUCUCUCUGAAAAUGUGAAGGAUAAGAGAAUCAUUCUUAUUGAUGACUCCAUUGUGAGGGGAAACACAAUUGGACCGAUCAUUAAGCUCCUCCGAGAUGCUGGAGCCAAAGAAGUCCACAUUCGGAUUGCGUCACCACCUCUUCACCACCCGUGUUACAUGGGAAUCAACAUUCCUACCCCUGAAGAGCUUAUUGCUAAUAAAUUGAAUCCAACACAAUUGGCUAUGCAUGUUGGCGCUGAUAGUUUGGCCUAUUUGUCCAAUGAAGGACUUGUGCAAGCUGUGAGACACAAAAUCGCCAACAAGGAUUCGCCUGAAAUUGGCCACUGCACCGCAUGCCUCACUGGCGAAUACCCAGAGAAGUUGCAGUGGUAGUUUUAAUUUGAUUGCCAUUCUACCUCCAGUUUUAGCUUUUAUAUUUCUCCAAAUCAUUGUGCCAUCCAUUAUUUCAUAAUUUAAUAAGAUAGAAGAACAGAAUUCUCAUAAUAUUUGUCUUGUGCAGUUGUCGAGAUUGUCUUAUAUUCGUUCAAGUGUCGUCGUUUUCCUAUGUUUUCAAUUCAUUACAUUAUGUACUCUUGUAAGAACUGCUGAAGGCUGACACAUAAAUGUGCCUUAUUUUUAUUUUUAACAUCAGUUUUCAUGGCUAGGAUAUAAAAGAAAAUGAAAAUAUUUUCAAAUAAUAAUUGAAUUUUUGUCUUCAAA